CGGCCGCAGCGCGUGCGUCCCCAAAUCGCGAUUUCCCCCCGCCCCAACCAAAACUAAUAAAUUUUUCUCCGGGCGAAUUCGAGAUCGGAGGCUUCGGAUCGAGGUAUUCCUGUUCUGAUUUGAUUGGAUUGCGGGAGCUGCUGGGGGGAAUCUAUCUGUAGGUAGGAUUUCAUAAUUUUAUGGACUUUGAUUGCAACAAGGCAAGAGGAGACUCUUCAUCUGUGAAUAGUUCCUGCAUUUUCACCGAAGACACUCUCAUCCAGGCAAAGCCCUAUACUCACUUGGGGAAAGCUAAACAUCGGAAUAGCGUCAGUACAUUGAAUAACCAGAAGUGCAAUUAUGGAUCACUUUUGGAUGAAAAGAAAAUUGUUGAAACAAGUGAUGGUGAGACCACCUCGAUGUGUGACUCAAGGUGCUUCACUGAUUUGCCGGCCGCAUUGGUCUGCGAAGUGCUUGAACGCCUCGAUCCAAAGGAGCUUGGCAUUGUAUCUUGCGUCUCCACCCUACUGCAUACCCUAGCCACAGAUCAUAAAGGUUGGAAGAAGUUUUAUUGUGAAAGGUGGGGGCUUCCUAAUCCUCCAGUCACCCUCAAUGGACCCUUGGUUCCAGGUGGUACUCCAGAUUGGAAGUCUUGGAAAACAUUGUUUGUGGAGCGGGAGUUUCGAAGCAAAUCAUUCAUGGGAAGAUUCAGUGUUGAUGUUCUCCGUGGCCACUGUGAGGAUGUACGCACCGUGUUCCUUCUAGCAUCACUAAAUCUUAUAUUUACUGGUGGUGAUGAUUCUGUGAUCCGAAUGUGGGACAUGGAGGAAGGGCUCUUGAUUGAUAAGUCCCGCCCACUUUGUUGCACCAUCCGGGCCAUCGCAGCUGACACUAGGCUUUUGGUUACUGCUGGGACCAAUACCUUUAUUCAGUGUUGGAGGGCUGUUGAAGGUAAUUCUUACCCUUUCCACAUCUCUGGAAAUGGUCCUGACCAGAAUUGUGAGUUUCGGCUUUGGGGGCAUGAAGGACCUGUGACUUGCCUUGCCUUGGACUCAUUAAGGAUUUUCAGUGGUAGCUGGGAUAUGACUGUUCGUGUUUGGGACAGAUCUGAAAUGAAGUGUGUUCAGAAGUUCAUGCAUGCAGACUGGGUUUGGAGUGUGGCACCUCAUGGAAAUACUGUUGCCAGUACAGCUGGUAGGGAUGCCUAUGUAUGGGAUACCAAGAGUGGUGAGUUGCAAAGUGUAAUUUCCAAUGCCCAUGUUGGUAAUGCAUAUUCUUUAGCUCGAACACACCUAGCUGAUGUGCUAUUUACUGGAGGAGAGGACGGGGCAAUUCGCCUGUUUGAUAUUUCUGAGGUCUCUGAUGAUGAAGAUAUUAAGCCAGCUGCUACUUGGGUGCCACAUGCUGGCCCUGUUCAUUCCCUCGCUUUUGAGUACCCAUGGCUUGUCUCAGCUUCUAGUGAUGGCAGGAUUGCACUGAUUGAUUUGAGGAAGCUUCUGAAUCCAAAGUACUCAGCAAAACACUCACGCAGGGUUAAGAUCUUUGAUGCAAUUUCCAUUGAGCCUCCGCAGAGAAUGCUUCAUGGCCUUGGGUGCGAUCUUUUCUCUGUUGCCAUUGGUGCAGAUAGGAUUGUUUGUGGAGGUGAGGAUGGUGCUGUCAAAGUCUGGAACUUCUCAGAAGCACUGGAGAUUGAGAAGAGGGCGCAGGCUCUAAGAAGUUUGAGGCAGGAGAACCGCAUGAGGCGGAAGAAGGCACAAGUAGAGAUGAAUGCAAAUGGUAGAAGGUCUGACCAAUGCUCAAUAGCCAUGAAAAGAAACCAACUUAAGGGUGAUAAGAGUGUUACUUGGCACAGCAAGCGUGCCAUCAACGACAAGGUCAAGUCUUAGAUUAGGUCUUGUACCCUUCACAACAUUACACUCUACAGCGGCCAUGCAUUGAUAGUUCUUUACUUGGAUGGUUACUCUUUCUCAUCCCAAUUAGGCUUGCUGUGUAGGUUAACAUUUGCAUUUUCACUAUUCAACUUUGUAAGGUUACCCAAUGCAGUGUAGCCGUGCAUUAAACCCUCAUAUGCAAUUAUUAUCCUCUCUGGUGUAUAUUGGUCUAACAGAAAAAAAAA